AGAUGAAACGCCCAUUAUCGCAGUCAUGGUGGCGCUCUCCUCACUGCUCAUCAUUGUCUUCAUUAUCAUCGUCCUCUACAUGCUGAGGUUUAAGAAGUACAAGCAAGCCGGCAGUCACUCCAAUUCUUUCCGGUUGUCCAAUGGCAGAACAGAUGACAUGGAGCCUCAAAGUAUGCCACUCCUGGCAAGAUCUCCGAGCACCAAUCGCAAGUACCCACCACUGCCUGUCGACAAGCUGGAAGAAGAGAUUAACCGAAGAAUGGCGGAUGACAACAAACUGUUCCGGGAAGAAUUUAAUGCUCUGCCAGCCUGCCCUAUCCAAGCUACAUGUGAAGCAGCGUCAAAGGAAGAGAACAAAGAAAAGAACAGAUACGUCAACAUACUGCCCUAUGACCAUUCCAGAGUUCACCUGUCACCCAUAGAGGGAGUGCCUGACUCAGACUACAUUAAUGCCUCUUUUAUCAAUGGUUAUCAAGAGAAGAACAAGUUUAUAGCAGCACAAGGGCCAAAAGAGGAAACUGUGAAUGAUUUCUGGAGGAUGAUCUGGGAACAAAAUACAGCGACUAUCGUUAUGGUCACCAACCUGAAAGAAAGGAAAGAAUGUAAAUGUGCUCAGUAUUGGCCUGACCAGGGUUGCUGGACGUAUGGAAAUAUCCGUGUAUCGGUGGAGGAUAUGACCGUCUUAGUGGAUUACACCAUACGCAAAUUCUGCAUCCAGCAGGUUGGUGACGUUACAAAUAAGAAGCCGCAGCGCCUUGUUACGCAGUUCCAUUUCACCAGUUGGCCUGAUUUUGGGGUGCCUUUUACUCCUAUUGGGAUGCUAAAGUUUCUAAAGAAGGUUAAAGCCUGUAAUCCACAGUAUGCCGGCGCUAUUGUUGUACAUUGCAGUGCCGGUGUAGGUCGGACGGGAACCUUCAUAGUCAUAGAUGCCAUGUUGGAUAUGAUGAAUGCAGAGAAAAAAGUAGAUGUUUAUGGGUUUGUGAGUCGGAUCCGGGCUCAGCGCUGUCAGAUGGUACAAACAGAUAUGCAGUACGUCUUUAUUUAUCAAGCACUGCUGGAACAUUAUCUGUAUGGGGACACAGAGCUAGAAGUCACGUCUCUGGAGACUCACCUACAGAAACUGUACAACAAAAUCCCCGGGACCAACAGCAACGGCCUAGAAGAGGAGUUCAAGAAACUAACAUCUAUUAAAAUUCAGAAUGACAAAAUGAGGACGGGAAAUCUGCCAGCCAACAUGAAGAAAAACCGAGUCCUGCAGAUCAUUCCAUAUGAAUUUAACAGAGUCAUUAUUCCUGUGAAAAGAGGAGAGGAGAAUACAGACUAUGUAAACGCCUCUUUUAUUGAUGGUUAUCGACAAAAGGACUCAUACAUUGCCAGUCAGGGGCCAUUACGGCACACGAUGGAAGAUUUCUGGCGGAUGAUCUGGGAGUGGAAGUCGUGUUCGAUUGUCAUGUUAACAGAACUGGAGGAGAGGGGGCAGGAAAAAUGUGCGCAGUAUUGGCCACCAGAAGGGACCAUGUCUUUUGGCGAUAUUACCAUAGAGCUGAAGAAAGAAGAGGAGUGUGAGAGCUACACAGUGAGAGAUCUUCUGGUCACCAACACCAGGGAAAACAAAGCUCGCCAAAUUAGACAGUUCCACUUUCAUGGGUGGCCGGAGGUCGGGAUCCCCACUGAUGGGAAAGGGAUGAUUAAUAUCAUUGCAGCUGUGCAAAAACAGCAACAGCAGUCUGGGAACCAUCCCAUCACUGUACACUGCAGUGCUGGUGCGGGGAGGACGGGGACGUUCUGCGCUCUCAGUACUGUUCUGGAGAGGGUGAAAGCAGAAGGGAUACUAGAUGUCUUUCAAACAGUGAAAAGCUUGAGAUUACAGAGGCCACACAUGGUGCAGACACUGGAGCAGUAUGAAUUCUGCUACAGAGUGGUUCAGGAAUAUAUUGACGCAUUCUCGGACUACGCCAACUUCAAAUAA